AUGAUGAUAUGGUUGGAGCCGGUAUCUUGGCGUCACCCCCUGAAGAAGAAGAAGCCGGAAAAAGCGGAGUCCUUUGAGAGGGACAGCGGGCGCAAGAGCUGGGCUAGGCCUUGGCAACUCGUUCAGGGCCACGAGCCGUGCUGCGCGCUGUCAGCAGGAGGGUGCAUGAUGGACCCGGAGGGAUGGAUGAGACAGAUUCUGGCGAGGCGGCGGGAGGAGGGAACCCUCCGCGAGCUGCGCACGCCGGAGCAGGACCGGUGCUUCGUGGACUUCACGAGCAACGACUAUCUCGGGCUGGGGCGUGCGGCGGAUCUACGUCAAGCUGCCGAGCUGGAAGCGGAGAGAGCUCGCAAGGUUGUUGGCGCACUGAUCGUCGGCAGGCAAGAUAUCCAUUGA